AUUUAAGAUUUUUUUUUUAAUUUUUUAAAAAAGGAGUGAUAAAAUAAUUGAAACAUAGUGAUUUUUUUUGUUAAAACAAACGGAUUUUAUUCUUUACAAGUUUCCUUUCAGCUCCAAUGCUCGUUUGGAACGAUAAUCAAGAUACAAAUUUUAAAUUCAUUUGAAUGCUUAUAUCUAAGUGAACUGUAUAUAGAACAGAGUGUGUGUUAAAGUUUUUAAAUUAAAAAGAACUAUUUUUUUCGAAUUCUUAACAAAAAAGUGAAAUUUUUUGUGUCCCCCACCCCUUCUCUUUAUAAGCGACAUAAAUAAAAUUUUCAACUUAAAGAACAUUUUUCUAAACAUAAAUCUUGUGUGAUAAUGCUUACAACUGGUUUGGAAAACUCUAUUAUAACAUCGUCUUCUACUUCGUCAACGAAUUCGGCCGCUCUUAAAGGACGUACAUCAUGGAAUAUCAAAUCUUCGACAUUGGCUAAGAAUACCCUUAAUCGUAUUCGUUUUGUGGUCGAAUCUUUAAAAAUUAAACCAAAUCCUAACAAGCCUAUGAUUCCAUUGUCUAUUGGUGAUCCCACAACCUUUGGUAACCUACGUGCAUCCGAUGAAACCAUGAAGGCUCUAUUGGCAUCCAUAGAAAGUGGCAAAUAUAAUGGUUAUGCUCAUACCCAGGGUCAUGAGUCAGCCCGUAAAGCCAUUGCUAAAUAUAGUGCCCAUCAAAGUUCCGAAGAAAUUCAUCCCGAUAAUGUGAUCUUAACCAGUGGUUGCUCAGCUGCUUUGGAAUAUUGUAUACUGGCUUUAGCAGAAACUGGUCAAAAUAUUUUGAUACCCAGACCGGGAUUUUGUUUAUAUCAAACCUUAACCGAAGGUUUGGGUAUUGAGGUGCGUUACUAUGAUCUCUUGCCCGAAAAACAAUGGCAAGCUGACUUAAAACAAUUGGAAUCGUUGAUCGAUGAAAACACCGCAGCCUUGUUAAUCAACAAUCCCAGUAAUCCCUGUGGUAGUGUAUUUAGCAAGGAACACUUGGAAGAUUUAUUGGCCAUAUGUGAGAAAUACUAUUUGCCCAUCAUAGCCGAUGAGAUCUACGAACACUUUGUUUUCCCCGGAUCCAAACAUAUUGCCGUCAGCAGUUUGUCCAAGAAUGUCCCAGUUCUCUCCUGUGGUGGUUUAACUAAAAGAUUUUUAGUUCCCGGCUGGCGUACCGGUUGGAUUAUCAUCCAUGAUCGUGAGGAUCGCAUGGCAGAGGGUAUUAGAGGCCUUAAAAACAUGUGUGGUCGUAUAUUAGGUUCGAAUACCUUAAUUCAAGGUGCCAUACCGGAUAUCUUGGAAAAGACUCCCCAAAGUUAUUUCGAUGGUGUCAUUGAUAUUCUAAGUGAAAAUGCCAAAUUAGCCUUUAAUAUGCUAAAACAGGUGCGUGGCUUAAAUCCUGUCAUGCCCAAUGGUGCCAUGUACAUGAUGGUUGGCAUUAAUAUUGAACAAUUUCCCGAAUUCAAAGAUGACACACAUUUCGUACAGGAGCUGGUGAAUGAACAAAGUGUUUUCUGUUUGCCUGGUAGUUGUUUUGAAUUUCCCAAUUAUAUGCGCAUUGUCCUGACUGUGCCAAGGGAAAUGAUUGAAGAGGCUUGUUCACGUAUGGCUGAGUUUUGUGAGGCUCACUAUAAGGUGGACAAUUCAAUAAUUGAAAAUAAUUUAUUAGAUGAUAUUCAGUACUGAGGAUUUAAUAGUGCUGAAUGUUUUUUAAUAAAUUUAAAUAUAUAUAUUUUUUACUGUUUUUUACCAAUUGCAUUUAUAUUUUAUAGUCAUUUUUAGUUUGUAGUGU